CUCAAAAUCAUAAUGUUUUCCAUGCUUAGGUACACACGCCGUCGCUUCCUCGAUCAAUCUUCAAAAGCAAGCUGCGAACAAGAAUAUGAAGAUUUCAGUGCUUCUCUGCAUCCUCUCUUACUUCCUCGCCAUUGUUGGAGCUCAGCAACAGCUUACCAAAUUAACUGCAGAUUGCGGCUUGGAUUUGAAGGCUUUCCCUUACAGUCCCGUAGGCGAAUGUGUUCAUCCAGAGUCUUGGCAAGUGAGAGUGUGGAACAACGUCAACACCACCCGAUGCUGCCGCCAUGGCCUCAAUUUCUUGUCGAGAGCCGUCGCCAACUCCUCAUCGCCUGACCAACCCAUUCUUCUGGAUCAGCAGCGGUGGGACGAUUGCACCGCCCUCCUUUCUCUCCGUGUCGAUUCCUCCUUGACUUCCUGUGGGUUCGACCAACUCCACCAACCGAACUCUGCUUGCGCCGCCCUCACUCCCUCCUCGCUUACCGAUAUCGUUGCCCCUGCUUUCGACGUCAUCGCCACCUGUUCGGAGAUCAAUCCUGUAAACUUUCUGACCGCUUGUUCGAACUGCACCGAUAGGAUCUCCGACGCGAUACAGGCCGUCGUCAAGCAUUUCAAGGUUGAUGACAAUGACAGCGAGAAGGCAGUUUGUAGCGUCGCCACCGUUACAGCAGUUGCCUCUUCUAGGAUCGCCAACGACACUUGGACUGAUGACUACUACCGGUGCUUGGCGGCCAUGGAUUCCCAAGAUGACACAUCGGCGAGUAGAAAGCGUGAUUUGGUCAUAUACAUACUGGCGAUCCUGAUUGCAGCGAUGGCGUUUUCCCUUCUCAUCGCUUUGUACAGGAUCAUUAAGACUAGGAAACGGCGCGAACACAAAAAAGGCAGCGAUGCAGCAGAGAAAGAGACCAGCGCAUGGUCCGGCCUCUACCGAUUCUCCAAAGCAGAGAUUGAGAAGGCAAUCAACUAUAGCAGUGGCGGAUUCCUGGGCGCAGGCAGUGCAGGCCGAGUCCACCAAGGUGUGCUUCCCAGCGGGCAGCUCGUGGCGAUCAAGCACAUCUACACCGCCGCCACCAACCUCUUGUUCACUCGGGAAGUCGAAGGCCUCUCCAAAGUUCGACAUCACAAUCUCGUCUCCCUCCUCGGUUACUGCGAUGAGAAUGGGGAUAGGUUUCUGGUCUACGAGUUCUGCUCAAAUGGCAACUUGGCACAGAAAUUAAGAGGAAAGAGUUCUCUUCCGUGGGAAAAAAGGGUUGAGAUAUUGAGAGAUUGUUCGGUUGCGCUGAGGUUUCUUCAUACCCACCCUGAUGGAUGCAUUGUCCAUAGAGACAUCAAGCUCACCAACAUUCUCCUGACGGAGAAGAUGGAACCCAAACUUUCCGACUUCGGCCUGGCGAAGAUGGUGGGCAUGAAGGAGACCCAGUGCUUCACUGACAUCAAAGGGACCAUUGGCUACAUGGAUCCUGAGUACAUGUCGAAUGGAAACCUCACCUGCGCCAGUGACAUCUACAGCUUCGGAAUCGUGAUCUUGCAAGUUUUGUCAGGGCGCAAAGUGAUCGAACUGAACACCCAGGCACGAGAUUCUCUGACCAGAGCGGCCAGGGAUGCGUCGUCAGGGAAGCGGCCGCUCACUGACUUUGUUGAUCCGUGCCUCCAGGGACAAGUGAACUUGGACGACUUCAAGUCGAUCUUGCGCGUCGCUGUUCUCUGUGCGUCAGGUUCGAGCAAAGGGCGUCCACGGAUCAAGGACCUUGUUGAAGAACUAGAGAAAACAUGCAGUAACACACAGAACAAAAUGCUUGAAGUAAGCAGACAAUUUCAAUCUCCAGAAGUAAUUGAGGUUUGAGUUAGAUUGGAGUGCCUUCGGAUGAAGGAAAGAAUAAAUGGAGGAAAUCAGUGGAAUCGCGCUUCCAUGGCUGAAUUAUAUUCGUAGCUGAAGUUGAAGUGACUAGUGCUGUUCUUUUUGUUGGUAACAAAAUUAGGUUAUUUCUGGCUUCGUUGUCUGUGAAUAGAUGAUUGAACUUUGUUGAUUAGGGUUUGAUUUCCACUUUUUUUUGUUGUGCUACACAAGUUUACAGUCUUUUGAUGCAUGGAGUAA